UCUCUCAAUUGUUGCAAUCACUUUUGAACGUGGUACAGCUUAGCGAUGUUUGUGCAUGUUUGUUGCAAAUUUAAGUGACUACCAGAGCGUAUAAGAAGUUGAUUGGUUUAUUUGUUUGAUUUGUUAUUUUAUCCUGCAGUUUUGAUUCCAUUCAAGUUUGAUCGAGUUCGAGUAACAUGACAUCCACAAUGAGACCUCAAACUCCUAUCAAACUUUCACCAAGGAAUCCUGGUGAUGUGUAUCCUCAUGAUUUACAAUUGUAUCAGAACGUUCCGUUUGGAGAGGUAACGUUGAACGAGCUGGAAGAAAUCUGUGAAACACGCCUGAAAGUUCUCUCUUUGGUGGAACGUAUCCACUUAAAAAAACUAACAAUGUCAGUGUCACAACGCAAAGCUGCCUUGGUUGAGAAAUUGCGUGAAGAAGGAAUGGACAAAUUUGCAACAUUAGUUGAUAGCCCUGGAUGUAAAUCACACACUGACACGGAUAUAUGUGCCAGAAGAAACGAUCAUAUAUCUCACCUUAUAUUAAGAUCCGUAGUUGCUUUCAAUGCGUUCAAGAAACACUGGUUUUUAAAGCAAGAAGCUAGGCUGUUCAAGUGGAGAUUUUCUUCAUUAGACAAUGAAGGGGUCAGGCAGUUCAUGUGCGUUAACAACUUUGUCUUUACACCGAUUAGCCAGAGCGAAAAGGAAGAUAUCAGGGAAUAUCUUCGAAUAUCUUCUCCACAUGUUAGCGACAUUGACAGCACACAAUUUUACAGGAUACCUUUUUCUCAUGUAGCCAGUUUAAUUAAAAAACGUAAGGUUUUCAUUAUGCAAGGCGAAGCUUUUAUAACUGAACAAGAAAUGGCAUUCGUGUUUGUGUCGCACUUUAGGAGAAUUCUCAUAUCGGGUUUCGAAAUUGCACGCGAAGCUAGAGCCAAUUUGUACAAUGAUGAAAGGUUCACUCGCAUUUUUGCCAAUUUAGAAAAUGUUAUUCAUACUGAGAGUACCAUACUGGUACAGGAACCAGAGAUACUGCAAUACGUUUCGCUUAAUCAGUUGGAUAUGCUUGCAGAAACCUCUUAUCCUCUCUGUAUGAGAGUGCUCCAUAGAGUGCUGAAGAAGGAUCAUCAUCUUACACAUGGUGGUAGAAUACAGUACGGUUUGUUCCUGAAGGGCAUAGGCAUCUCUUUCUCCGACUCAAUGACUUUUUGGAAAGGUGAAUUCAUGAAAAAAAUGGACGAAGCUACAUUUAUCAAAGAAAAACAUAGUUAUAACAUAAGAUUUAACUAUGGGCUGGAAGGUAGUCGACGAGAUUAUCAGCCUUACACAUGUCAAAAAAUUAUGGAGUCGAGCGUUGGACCUAGAGAUAAUCACGGAUGCCCUUUUAAACACAUGUUGCAUGAUAUACUUGAAGAUGAACUUACUGAUUGCGGGUUUAACGCGUUGGAGAGAUCAACGAUAAUGGAAUUGUCCAAGAACGGUCAAUAUUCUGCAGCAUGUAACAAGUGUUAUGAAAUUAAACAUAAUUGUUUUAACGACACUUUGUUUAAACAUCCAAACAUAUAUUUUAAUGAGAGUGUGAAACAUCGCAUUUCAGAUCAUUAUGAUCCGGAAACAGGAGAUGCAUAUUAAUCAUUAUACAAAAUGAGAAUAUUGGAGAAGUCAGAGCUGUUAGGACCGUUGCAAGUUAUAUUUAAUAUCAUCAACAGAAUGUAUAACGUUGUUUACACAGAUCCCUGAUUGUAAAUAUAUAUAUAUAUAUAUGUAUGUAUAUAUAUAAAUGCUAAUUUAUUUAAAACUAAAAUAUUGAAUAUUCUCAAAAUAUUUCUCAAGACGGAUAAGCAAUUGACACACUGACUUAGCUAAUUUCAUCUUGCUAAUAACUUAUCAGAAUUAAUAAGUUU